ACCAACGUCGCGGUAGCGCAACAUGGCCGCGCCCAGAGUCCAGUUUGUUUUCCACACACGUUCAUCCUCCAAUUAAUUACUUGAAGAUUUAGUUAGCUCGUGAUUUGUACGCACUAACAAUUUGCUGGCAAUGUACGACGCUCAAUCUGGUGACGGAUAGACAUUGGAUAUUUGCGAAAAGUCUCUCGACGUCGAGCGUUUACCCUGAACUACGCUCGGUCAGGUUAGAUCACAUUUUGUAUUGUGUACAUAUCCCGAGAUGAAUUCUCUCUACAGGAGCGUCUCGCGGGCGAGGGGCGUGCACACCGGUUGCGCAUUGCUCAGGGAGACCCCGCGGAAUCUGAAGGGCAAGAAGCACAGCUCGCAGCAGUGGCUGGUGAGGCAGCUGCGCGAUCCGUACGUGGAGAUGGCGAAGCAGGAGAGCUACAGGUGCAGGAGCGCGUUCAAGCUCCUGGAGAUCAACGAGCGAUUCAAGAUCCUCAGCCCGGGUCUGACGGUCAUAGAUUGCGGGGCGGCGCCCGGCAGCUGGACGCAGGUCGCCACCAAUCUGACCAACGCGCACGCCAAGAGAGAGGACCCCGUCGGCAGGGUGUACGCCGUCGACAGGCUGCCGUUCUAUCCCGUGGAAGGCGCGACCAUUCUGGGGAACAUGGAUUUCACGAGCGCCAAGACGCAAGAGGCUCUGAGCGAAAUGCUGCGCGGGGACAAGGCCGACGUUGUCCUGUCCGACAUGGCACCGAACGCGUCCGGCGUGAGGGAGAUGGAUCACGAUAAUAUAAUGUUACUCGCAUACGCCGUUCUGAGAUUCGCGGUGCGGUUCAGUAAGGCGCAGGGUACGCUCGUGGUGAAAGUCUGGGACGGUGGUAAGGCACAGGAGUUUGAAGAGAAUCUGUCCAAGUUUUACGGUAGCGUGAAAGUGAUCAGGCCUGACGCGACGAGAGACGAGUCGUCCGAGAAAUUCUUCCUGGCUAGAGGGUUUAAGGGUCUCAAGACGAGCUGAUACAGUUGAUUAGUUUUUUUGUAGGUACGAUAUUUCAAUUGUAUAGGAUACGCGUGGAGGAUGGGUGGACAGGUUGUACAAAUAAAAGAGCACGAUAAUUUGGUAUCAUA